AUGAGCUGGUGGUCCAGUUACCUACUGGGAUGGACGGCCUUCCUCCUCUACUCCUCUGAGACAAGUGGUGGUGAACAUGACUCGUGUGUCUUUCCCUUCAUCUACAAGGGAUCUACUUAUUUUUCUUGCAUCAAAGCCAAUAGCUUCUUUCCUUGGUGUGCAACCAGAGCAGUUUAUGAUGGAAAUUGGAAGUACUGCACAAAGGAAGAUUACCCACGAUGCAUCUUUCCUUUCAACUAUCAUGGAAAGUCCUAUAACAGCUGCAUCACAGAAGGCAGCUGGCUGGGAAAGCUGUGGUGCUCAGUGACGUCCAGUUUUGAUGAGAAACAGCAGUGGAAAUACUGUGAAACAAAUGAAUAUGGAGGAAAUUCUUUCAGCAAGCCCUGUAUUUUCCCCUCCAUCUACAGAAAUAACGUGAUCACCCAGUGCGUUGACAAUGAGAACUACCUCUGGUGCCCGACCACAGAGAACAUGGACAAGGAUGGAAAAUGGAGCAUCUGUGCAGAUACCAGAAUUUCCGCAAUGGUUUUUGGCCCUCCUUGUCACUUUCCUUUUAACUAUAAAAACAAGAAUUAUUUCAACUGCACUACCAAAGGAUCAGAGGAGAAACUUUUAUGGUGCGCAACUUCUUACAACUACGACCGGGACCACACCUGGGUGUAUUGCUAAUGUGAAGUCCUGAUGUAAGGUGAGAUUAGGAACCACACACCUCGGUGCGUUGCCUGUGUGAAGGUGAGGUCCGGUACCACAUGCAUGUGUGUUGCGGAUGAUGAGAUCAGGUACCACACCUGGGUGCCUUGUUUGUGUGAAGGUGAGAUUAGGUACCACACCUGGGUGCCUUGCUUAUGUGAAGGUGAGAUCAGGUACCACACAUGGGUGCCUUGUUUGUGUGCAGGUGAUAUUAGGUACCACACCUGGGUGCCUUGCUUGUGUGAAGGUGAGAUCAGGUACCACACCUGGGUGCCUUACUUGUGUGAAGGUGAGAUCAGGUACCACACCUGGGUGCAGUGCUGAUGUGAAGGUGCUGUCUCUUCUUUCCAGCAUGCCUGGUUCGCUGUGGCUCUCAGCAAGGUGGACUCCGUUUCCCAGAGAUAAACUGUUGGGGGGAGAUUAGAACAGCUUCUCAAAUUAGAAAGCAAAGAAACUGGGAUUUCCCUGUUGAGCAGGAAGGCAGAAGGGUGAAUGGGCAAAUUCUUCCAGUCCCAGAGAGAUACCAUUCCAAGUUCCAUGUCUGGGAAGCUUUGGAUAUGGGGGACCAGGGAGGUGGAAUUUCUCAAACUGGGGUGUGAUAUGAACAGACAAUCUGGAACAGGGACAUUGGAGACUUCUCAAUCCCCCAAAACCAUGGCACCAUUUGGUCACUCCAUCACCCCCAUCAUGGGGGAACCAACCAAGAAAAAGAUGGGGUUUACUUCUCUUCCUUGUCACUUUGGC